AAACACCAACAGGCCAGUUACAACCUUUUGACUAAAGAGAGACACCAGCUACAGACUAGUUAUAACACCCUGACUAAAGAGAGACACCAGCUACGGACGAGUUAUAACACCCUGAUGAAAGAGAGAGACCAGCUACAGAAGGAGACAGAAAUGCUGAAACAGUCUUUAUCGGUCAAAGGUUAACAAAACUCUCUAACUCAUUUUACAAACGGACAAUGUAACAUACAGAUGAAUUUAACAUACAAUAACGGUCAAAAGUUUUAGAACACCUACUAAUUCUUGGGUUUUUCUUUAUUUUUACUAUUCUCUAAAUUGUAGAAUAAUAGUGAAGACAUCACAACUGUGAAAUAACACAUAUGGAAUCAUGUAGUAACCAAAAACGUGUUAAACAAAUCAAAAUAUAUUUUAUAUUUGAGAUUCUUCAAAUAGCCACCCUUUGCCUUGAUGACAGCUUUGCACACUCUUGGCAUUCUUUCAACCAGCUUCAACGUGAAUGCUUUUCCAACAGUCUUGAAGGAGUUUCCACAUAUGCUGAGCACUUGUUGGCUGCUUUUCCUUCACUCUGCGGUCCGACUCAUCCCAAACCAUCUCAAUUUGGUUGAGGUCUGGGGAUUGUGGAGACCAGGUCAUCUGAUGUAGCACUCCAUCACUCUCCUUCUUGGUCAAAUAGCCUUUACACAGCCUGGAGGUGUGUUGGGUCAUUGUCCUGUUAAAAAACAAAUGAUAGUCCCACUAAGCCCAAACCAGAUGGGAUGGUGUAUUGCUGCAGAAUGCUGUAGUAACCAUGCUGGUUAAGUGUGCCUUGAAUGCUAAAUAAAUCAUAGACAGUGUCACCAGCAAAGCACCCCCACACCAUAACAUCUCCUCCUCCAUGCUAUAUGGUGGGAAAUACAAAUGCGGAGAUCAUCCAUUCACCCACACCGCCUCUCACAAAGACAUGGCGGUUGGAAACAAAAAUCUCCAAUUUGGACUCCAGAACAAAGGACACAUUUUCCACCGGUCAAAUGUCCAUUGCUCUUGUUUCUUGGCCUAAGCAAGUCUCUUAUUAUUAUUGGUGUCCAUAGUAGUGGUUUCUUUGCAGCAAUUCGACCAUGAAGGCCUGAUUCACACAGUCUCCCCUGAACAGUUGAUGUUGACAUGUGUCUGUUACUUGAACUCUGUGAAGCAUAUAUUUGGGCUGUAAUUUCUGAGGCUGGUAACACUAAUGAACUCUGGGUCUUCCAUUCCUGUGGUGGUCCGCAUGAUAGCCAUUCAUCAUAGUGCUUGAUGGUUUUUCAAAGUUCUUGACAUUUUCCGUAUUGACUGACCUUCUUGUCUCAAAGUAAUGAUGGACUGUCAUUUCUCUUUGCUUAUUUGAGCUGUUCUUGCCAUAAUAUGUACUUGGACUUUUACCAAAUAGGGCUAUCUUCUGUAUACCCCCCCUACCUUGUCACAACUGAUUGGCUCAAAUGCAUUAAGAAGGAAAGAAAUUCCACAAAUUAACUUUUAAGAAGGCACACCUGUUAAUUGAAAUGCAUUCCAGGUGACUACCUCAUGAAGCUGGUUGAGAGAAUGUCAAGAGUGUGCAAAGCUGUCAUCAAGGCAAAGGGUGGCUAUUUGAAGAAUCUCAAAUAUAAAAUAUAUUUUGAUUUGUUUAACACUUUUUUGGUUCCUACAUGAUUCCAUAUGUGUUAUUUCAUAGUUUUGAUGUCUUCACUAUCAUUCUACAAUGUAGAAAAUAGUAAAAAUAAAGAAAAACACUUGAGUAGGUGUUCUAAAACGUUUGACCGGUAAUGUAUAUAUAUAUAUAUAUCGUUUUUUGUUUGUUUGUAAUUUUGGCAUUCAUACGUGUCACAUAUCAGUUUGCAAACAAUGUAAAAAACAACAUUGUGUUAAUAAAGCCACAUACAAACAUGGUCUCUUUUUUGCUUUCUUGAGUAAGUUAGCUCCAAAAUGCAGGUGUUUCAGCCUAGCUCAGUGCUUUCUGUGGUGGUGGGGCAGCCAGCGGAUAAUACAGAGCGAAGGGGUUGGUAAUGUUCUCUAGUUGCGUCGUAAUUGGCUCAGUGUUCUGUCACUUAUGGGACAAAACUUCACCGCAAAAUCUACGGGGAGAGCUCGAAAAUUCAAGGCCCUUGGGUGCUGCCCUAGAUUUACGUUAGAAGUGCCCAUCCAAGAAGGCUCAAGGUCAUUGGCCACAGAUAAAAUGACUGAUCUUGUCAACAUCAUACUUUCAAAAUCUUAGCUAGCAAGCUAGACAAGCAGUCAUCAUCAUGAGUCAAGUUGACAAUCUAGUGGCAAAUCCUUGUCAUUUGAAGAUAAAUUAUAGAUAAAAUGUAUCGGUGCUCAUCGGCCAUUGGACAUAAAUAUUACACAACAAGUUGGAAAUCGCAAAUUCAACAAUGAGUGGUUUGGAAGGAAUCAGUGGCUAACUGCAAACAUUGCAAAGCAAUCACUAGCCUGCUAUUCAGUGUAGUGGAUUUGUCGUCCAAGUCUGGAUUUAAGGGUCUCUUUUCAAAGCUUAAAAGGAUAAACAUUCACAUGCAACACCAUGGGCCAGAAAAGGUUGAAUAAAUUGGCCAUGCUGUCAAUCCAGCAUUACUUUUGCCGAGUUCAAAACAACUGGAAACUCGGAACUGGGAAAUCUCAGACUUGAGUGAGUUUAAGACAACUGCGAACUCAACAAAAACAAAAAAUGACCUCCGACUUGGAAAAUACGUUUUGAACGGUCAUCCAACUUGGAAUUCCGGCCUCUUUCUAGAACUCCGACCUAAAGCUCACUGACGUCAUGAAUCAACCUUGUUUUUAUUCAGAGUUCCCAGUUGUCUUGAACGCACCAUAAAUCUACCAUAAAUCCCACAUUUUCCCACAGGAAGGACCGCCGCGCCACCUUCCUGUUCAAGUGAGCACAGCACAACAAAGUGAGUCCAAAAAUUUAUUGUAGGCUGCUGCAUAAAUGAUGUAAUAUUCCACGAAGAUAUGUAUACUGUAGCUAAGAAAGUAAUGCUAUGUGUAUGUUGUGUAGUAUUGGAUUCUAACUUGAAAUAAUUGCUAUACUAGAAGUUAAUGUAUAGGAAAUGUAUGGAGGGUGGAUAGGAAUUAUGGGUCUGGAAAGUUACUAAGUGAGGGAAAAGGCUUGGUUGCGGUCGCUGAUAAGGUUGGAUAGCCGUGGAUUAGGGAGGAGUGAGGAAUGUGGGCCGAGGUCAGAUGAAGUGACAAGGAACAGUUCUACACACACAUCACUUCAGUUCCUGCCUAGCAACAGAGAUGUAUUGGCUGCCUAGAUGUGAAAGGAAGAGACUCCGCCUAAAAGGAGGGUAUAAAUACUUGUGCUGGUGGGAACUUGUCAUUGUCUUUUCAGCUGAUUGACCCAGUGUGUGAAUAAACAUGGUUUGAGCUUUGACUAGUUGUCCGUUAGUUUUUCACUCUGUUUGUCUGAACCUAACAGCAGUAAUGUCAAGGGCUGAGGUUAAUGUGGUGUGGGAGUCAGCCGCAGGACACCGAAGCUUAGUCCAACAAAGUUUACUAGUGCAACACAAGGCAAAAUACAAUCAACGGCCUCAACAUAAAACAGAGGCGAGCGAUUACGCAAACUGUGCGUAAACUACAAAAAAACAAACAGAGAAAACACGCAGCACUAACGGACAGGCGAAUAACAACACACAAACUAACCAACACAAGACAGGCAACUUAUAGGACACAUAAUCAGACACAAACGGACACAGGUGCAAUAGACAGACAAAAGCAAUCAAACAUCGAAACAUCUAACGGUGGCAGCUAGUACUCCGGGGACGGCGAACGCCGAAGCCUGCCCGAGCAAGGAGGAGGAGCAGCCUCGGCAGAAUCCGUGACAAGUAAACUGUGCCUCAACCUAAAAAGGAAAUUAAUUAGGCUGAAUGAACUGUUUUGCUACCAGACAAGGUUCAUAAAACCAUAAAGCCAUUAAAUACAUCUAUAAUGUAGUUAGAACACUCAAACUGUUUCCAUAAAACUGAAAAACAACAAGAAAGUUGGAUUAACACAUUUAGAUUUCAGAUCCUGCAUUUUGCGUUUACCCAUAGAGUUGUUUAAGGUCAUUCAAAGGCAUACAAAGGCAGAGUGCAAACAUUUUGUGAGCUCUGCAGCUCAGCUGGUAGAGCACGGCGCUUGUAACUCAAAUGUAGUGGGUUUGAUCCCCGGGACCACCCAUACACAAAAGAAAUGUAUGCACGCAUGACUGUAAGUCGCUUUGGAUAAAAGCGUCUGCUAAAUGGCAUAUUAUUAUUUAUUAUUAUAAUAUUUCCACUCCGAGAAUGAGAACGGUACGCUAAAUUACUGUAAUGAAUACAUGCAUUAACAUAAAUUAUUGUAACCAAAUGACAGGGUAUUAACGGUGUAUUUACUACGCCUACUGGUGACAUACGUAAUGGGGAAUUGAUAAAAAAUAAAAAAGGGCAAACAAUUCACACAAUUAAACAAUGAAUGCUCAAGAAUUGUCGGGAGACAGCUGAGUGCAUUCUGGAAAGCUGCUGAAGUGCAUUCUGGAGAGAGACAUGCCAUAUCUCCCCCACAAACCCCUCCCCUUCUUCUUGUUGCAACAUUUUCAAUUAUACUCAAGAAACAUUAUCUUCACACAUAUUUUUUAUGCUUUGCACUGACAGGCGCAACUCAAUAAGGUAGUCCUAUUGCCACACACGCUUCCCAAAUUGCGGGCUUCCCAAAUAGGCCUUGGCCUAGGCGCUUGUGAUUUGUAACAAUCCACAGCAAAACAUUUUUUUAAAAAUAAGCUAAUGAUAGUCUGUGGCGAAGUCAUGCUCUCUGGUGAAGUAUUUUGAAUGAUUUUAUUUAGGCUGCCGUAAUUAUAUAAUUUUGGCACAGUGAGCACCCGGCAACUUUCCCUUCCAAUUCGCAAGAGGCUGAAACCAGAGAUCUGUAUAUAAUGACAUGAUGCUCAUGUCUCUGCCCUAACAAUGGGAUUAGUUGUCCCAAAGGCAGGAGGGCAGGCUACAAGCUUAGGUCUGCUUAUUAUGCUCAUAGACACGCAUUGGGUUAACUCUGGACAGAUUUUGGCAAGAGUGAGCCCUCUCGCUUCACCUCUUCCUCUCUGCUGAAACUAUCUCACCGGAGAAAGCAUCCGAGCGAGCGAAACAGCGCCCCUCUGUCUUACUACACAGUGUGUAGCCCAAGUCUCUAAUGUUGUCUGGCCAGAAAUGGUAUGACAUGCCAUCCUCUUUUGGUCCAGACAGCAUCAGAUACACGGUCUACACAUACUGAGACAGAGGAGCGCUGUUUUGCUGGCUUGGACGCUUUAUCUGAGAUUGAUGCUUCUUUCUGUCGGCACGCAACUGGGUCAAAUAAAUGAUCAACAUUUCAAUAUUUUAUUUGGACGGGCAAGGAGGUACGGUAGGGCGGGCCAGGCCUCCUAAGGCCCGCCCAUAACGCCGGCCCUGUUGCCAGGAAACAAAACCAAAGCAUUGAUUGCUGUCACACCAUGUCCGUAGACUGUUUACAGGGUAAGGAAACAAAAAUGUAAUUUUGUAAUUUUGGUGAACUAUCCCUUUAACACAUUUAGAUUUUAGAUACUGCACUUUGCGUUUGCAUUACCCAUAUAGUUGUUUAAGGUCAUACAAAGUCAGAGCGCAGUAUCAACAUUUUAGGGGUCAUAGGUCAUGUGUUCGUGGUUGAUAUGCCUACAAAUUUACUAAUAGUCCCUAGGUGCAUUAUCACUUAUCUACCUACAAUAUAUUUUUCUGGACAGCCAAAACACUUUAAAAGGGCCAAAGUUGAGGGAUGGGCCUGGAGAAAUGUAGCCACUCUCAAAUUCAUAGACAAAGACAUGGAUUCAAGGACUGACCAUUCUCCCGAGUGGCGCAGUGGUCUAAGGCACUGCAUCGCAGUGCUAGCUGUGCCACUAGAGAUCCUUGUUCGAAUCCAGGCUCUGUCGUAGCUGGCCGUGACCGGGAGACCUAUGGGGCGGCGCACAAUUGGCCCAGCGUCGUCCAGGGUAGGGGAGGGAAUGGCCAGCAGGGAUGUAGCUCAGUUGGUAGAGCAUGGCGUUUGCAACGCCAGGGUUGUGGGUUCGAUUCACAUGGGGGGCCAGUAUAAAAAAAAUAUGUAUUCACUAACUGUAAGUUGCUCUGGAUAAGAGCGUCUGCUAAAUGACUAAAAUGUAAAAUUAUAUCAAAAUGAUAGUUUUAACCAUGUUUUGAGGCUAUACAGCGUUUGUUUACAUUUACAUUGUUUAAAAACAUUGGAGUAAAAUAAGCUUUUAUAUGUUGGGUUCUGAUCUAAGCUCAUUAGGUAUUUAUAAGUUAUGUUAUUCUAGAAUAAAUAGGUAUAUAUCAUUUUUUUUUAAACAGCAUAUUGCCCCUAUGAAGCUAUUUUUCUCAGUUUCGCUGUUUGCAUAGUUACUGCUCUUUGCCUUUGUAGGGCAGUUAUUGACCUCAGGUGGCUGCCCUUCCCUUGUCCCUAGUCUGCCUCCUUUCCCUCCUAUCACCAUGGAGACAGCUUCCUGACAACAAUGACACUGUACUUUGCUUAAUCCUGUUCUGUCAGUUCAUGUACUUAAAGAUUAGAAUGUUCCAAUGUGGUUAGCCAAAAAGAUGACAAGAUAAUCAUCCUGGAUGAUGACUGUGUGAACUAUCUAACAGAUAUGUCACAUUUCUGGUUCGUCCAUAACUUCUUUCCUGCUUGUAGGACGGUGCAUUUACAUGAUUUCAUGGAAAAUGUUUCUUCAGUGAGGGUGUGUAAUGCAAGUCAAGGUAUCCUUGGAUGAUUGUUUUAAGAUGGUCAUACCAAGGAUCAUUUAUCUAUUUGAUUUUGAAUUUUAGGACUCCUGUAGGUCUAUAAAAAAAUAUAUCUAUAAAAAUUAUUUGAUCAAAAUUGAAUUUGGCCUUACUGCUAUUAGCCCAUAGAAACACAUGGAACAACAAACCAGAUUGUUAAACAUUAAAUAAAAAAGGAAAUAUAUUUUAAAUUGUCUGUCCUAUAUCUGAGACAUAAGAAAGCUCAGGAAAUUAUUGUUUAUCUAUUAUACCCAUAUUUACGCAGUUUUUUGUCACUAAAAUAAUUCCAUGAUUUAUUAAACUGGUAGCGGGUUCAGACGAGUCUUGUGAGGCUUGUGUUCAUCGAAGAGCAAAACAACCGACAUGUACACUACCGUUCAAAAGAUUGGGGUCACUUAGAAAUUGCAAAAGGGUUUUCUAAUUGAUCAUUAGAAAACCCUUUUGCAAUUAUGUUAGCACAGCUGAAAACUGUUGUGCUGAUUAAAGAAGCAAUAAAACUGGCAUUCUUGAGACUAUUUGAGUAUCUGGAGUGUCAGCAAUUGUGGGUUGGAUUACAGGAUAAAAAUGGCCAGAAACAAAGAACUGUCUUCUGAAACUCGUCAGUCUAUUCUUGUUCUGAGAAAUGAAGGCUAUUCCAUGCGAGAAAUUGGCAAGAAACUGAAGAUCUCGUACAACGCUGUGUACUACUCCCUUCACAGAACAGCGCAAACUGGCUCUAACCAGAAUAGAAAGAGGACUGGGAGGCAAGAGGACAAAUACAUUAGUGUCUAGUUUGAAAAACAGAUGCCUCACAGGUCCUCAACUGGCAGCUUCAUUAAAUAGUACCCGCAAAACACCAGUCUCAACGUCAACAAUGAAGAGGCAACUCCGGGAUGCUGACAUAGGCAGAGUUGCAAAGAAAAAGCCAUAUCUCAGACUGGCCAAUGAAAAGAAAAGAUUAAGAUGGGCAAAUAAACACAGACACUGGACAGAGGAAGAUUGGAAAAAGGUGUUAUGGACUGACAAAUUGAAGUAUGAGGUGUGUGGAUCACAAAGAAGAACAUUUGUGAGAUGCAGACCAAAUGAAAAGAUGCUGGAGGAGUGCUUGAUGCCAUCUGUCAAGCAUGGUGGAGGCAAUGUGAUGAUCUGGGGGUGCUUUGGUGGUGGUAAAGUGGGAGAUUGGUACAGGGUAAAAGGGAUCUUGAUGAAGGAAGGCUAUCACUCCAUUUUGCAACGCCAUGACAUACCCUGUGGACGGCGCUUGAUUGGAGCCAAUUUCCUCCAACAACAGGACAAUGACCCAAACCAAAGCUCCAAACUAUGCAAUAACUAUUUAGGGAAGAAGCAGUCAGCUGGUAUUCUGUCUAUAAUGGAGUGGCCAGCACAGUCACCGGAUCUCAAACCUAUUGAGCUGUUGUGGGCAGCAGCAUGACUGUAUGGUACAUAAGAAGUGCCCAUCAUGCAAAUCCAACUUGUGGGAGGUGCUUCAGGAAGCAUGGGCUGAAAUCUCUUCAGAUUACCUCAACAAAUUGACAACUAGAAUGCCAAAUGUCUGCAAGGCUGUAAUGGAGUAUUCCUUGACGAAAGCAAAGUUUGAAGGACUUUCAAAAUCAAAUAGAUAAAUGAUCCUUGGUAUGACCAUCUUAAAACAAUCAUCCAAGGAUACCUUGACUUGCAUUACACACCCUAACUGAAGAAACAUUUCCAUGAAAUCAUGUAAACGCACCCUCUUACAGGCAGGAAAGAAGUUAUGGACGAACCAGAAACGUGACAUAUAUGUUAGAUAGUUCACACAGUCAUCAUCCAGGAUGACAAUCUUGUCAUCUUUUUGGCUAACCACAUUGGAACAUUCUAAUCUUUAAGUACAUGAACUGACAGAACAGGUUUAAACGAAGUACAGUGCCAUUGUUGUCAGGAAGCUGUCUCAAUGGUGAUAGGAGGGAAAGGAGGCAGACUAGGGACAAGGGAAGGGCAGCCACCUGAGGUCAAUAACUGCCCUACAAAGGCAAAGAGCAGUAACUAUGCAAACAGCGAAACUGAGAAAAAUAGCUUCAUAGGGGCAAUAUGCUGUUUAAAAAAAAUUAUAUAUACCUAUUUAUUCUAGAAUAACAUAACUUAUAAAUACCUAAUGAGCUUAGAUCAGAACCCAACAUAUAAAAGCUUGUUUUAUUCCAAUGUUUUUAAACAAUGUAAAUGUAAACAAACACUGUAUAGCCUCAAAACACGGUUAAAACUAUCAUGUUGAUAUCAUGAAUGAUCAGUCCUUGCAUCCAUGGCUUUGUCUAUGAAUUUGAGAGUGGCUACAUUUCUCCAGGCCCAUCCCUCAACUUUUCAUGGAUGUUUUCAUGGAAAACAAGGACAUUUCUAAUUGACCCCACACUUUUGAACGGUAGUGUAAGUCAAGAAGCGGAAAUCUAACAAUGCACCAUGGAUAUUGAUGACGACACAUAUGCCAACAAGCUAACAUUUUGGAAGCUAAUAGAUCUCAUUUAGCUAAAAUACAUAAUAAUUAUAAUCAGUAGAUAUAUGAACAUGUACAUAUUAUUGGUAUACGAAUAAAUAGAAGAAGAAUAACUGGAGAUUAAAUAUUACAGUAAUUGAAAAUUGUACACCCAAUGUAGGCUACUGGCCCACAAGGACACUUUACUCCAAUAUCACUCAGUACAUUUUGUUAAGUUCCUUUUAACAACACACCAAUAUAACAUUUUUCAUGCUUUUUUUAUAACUCUAAAAGACUGGUACGAUUUAUUUUCUCAAUUUCACCAGAUACGAUCAUUUGAUGCAUUGUCUGAUUAUUUUGUAACCUGUUAGUGGUUCUGGGGGACUGAGCAGUUGGAACCACAACUGGGCCAAAGUAUAUAGCUAUGUCAUAUACUGAAUAUGCUUGAUUGGGGGGACAGAAUACGUACAGGACAAUCGGUUUUAGAGGUAUAGAACUAAGUGUUUUAAAUAUAUUUUACUCAAUAAAAGUAUUGUGUUGCUAGUUGCGCAGAAUUUGAACUUUUGGGACUAUCCCAUUGGUUUCAGCACAUUUUCUGUGGUGGAAGAUACCCUCUGGAGUUGCUGCACUGGGAUCAUAGGCUAUACAUUAAUAGUGACUUACUGUAUGUUUUGACUGAAACAUUUCUCAGAUUCAAUGGCAUGACAGUUAAAGUUUGAUGAAGUUUUCCCUUUUACAGAUUGAAUCAUUGGUCAUCACUACUCAACAGAAAGACACCAACAGGCCAGUUACAACCUAUUGACUAAAGAGAGACACCAGCUACAGACUAGUUAUAACACCCUGACUAAAGAGAGACACCAGCUACAGACCAGUUAUAACACCCUGAUGAAAGAGAGAGACCAGCUACAGAAGGAGACAGAAAUGCUGAAA